AUGGAAAAGUCUGGUCAGAUGUUCGCCUCUCCACCCAAUCACACGUCUCGUGGCCUCCCCACCAGCCAAUGGGGACCUCAUCCCACCGUCCCAGGAGAAGUGGGCGUGGUCACCAGCUCCCAGUCAGAGAUCAAGGACCUAAUUGGUUUAUUCUUUAUGGUGACCCUGAACCUCAUCGCCCUAUUGGCCAACGCAGGAGUCAUGGUGGCCAUUGCCCGCGCCCCUCACUUGAAAAGGUUUGCCUUUGUGUGCCACCUGUGUGCCGUGGACAUGCUGUGUGCCAUCCUGCUCAUGCCCCUGGGCAUCCUCACCAGCUCCCCCUACUUUGGCACGGUGGUGUUCACCGUGCUGGAGUGUCAGGUCUACAUCUUCCUCAACGUCUUCCUCACCUGCGCCUCCAUCCUCACGGUCACGGCCAUCAGCGUGGAGCGCUACUUCUACAUCGUGCACCCCAUGCGCUACGAGAUGAAGAUGAGCAUCAACCUGGCCAUGGGGGUCAUGCUCCUCAUCUGGGUCAAAUCCAUCCUGCUAGCCCUGGUGCCCCUUUACGGCUGGCCGGCCUAUGGGCCCCAGAGCUCCAUCGCCGCGUCGCACUGCUCCCUCCACUGGAGCCACGGCCGGCUGCGUCGUCUGUUCGCCGUCCUCUUCAGCGUGGUGUGUUUCCUGUUCCCCGCCCUGGUCAUCUUCACCGUGUACGGCAGCGUGUAUAAGGUGGCGCGCUCCGCCGCUCUGCAGCAAGCCCCUGGUUCUGCCUGGGCCACCUCCACCUCCUCCUCCUCCUCGGGCAACCCCACCAAGCGGCGCUCGGACUCCAUCAACAGCCAGACCACCAUCAUCACCGCGGGACGCAACCUGCCCCAAAGACUGUCCCCGGAGCGGGCCUUCAGUGGGGGCAAGGCCGCCCUCACCCUGGUGGUCAUUGUGGGCCAGUUCCUGCUCUGCUGGCUGCCUUACUUCAUCUUCCACCUGCACCUGUCGUUCGGAGCCUCGCGGCAGAGCCCGGGCGACGUGGAAGAAGCCGUCACCUGGCUGGCCUACUCCUCCUUCGCCGUCAACCCCUUUUUCUAUGGCAUGCUUAACAGGCAGAUCCGGGAGGAGCUGGUGAAGUUCCGGCGCUGCUGCGGCUCCUCGCGGCCCGUGGAGCUGGGCGCGUCCGGCCAGGAGGGCUCCCUGCAGGAGAACUUCCUCCAGUUCCUCCAGAAGACCGGCUGCUCCACCUCCAGCCCCAGGAACAGCCUGGAGCAGGGGGCCAGGGUCCCGGUGCAGGAGGCCAGGGUGCCGGGACAGAUUCCGGAGGAACCUGGCUAG